AUGCUGGAGGCAGAAAGAUCAUUGCCGCUUCCCAAGCUGCUGAAGCACCAGCAGCACAAGUUCCGCCGGCUGCAGGCGCUCAUUCAUCUGGACAUGUGGGUGCUGGUGGCCAAGGAGCCGCCCAGCCUCCAGCCACUCCUCUGGGGCUGUGCCCAGCGCCCUAUUGCCCCACGGCUCUCCUCGGGCGGCGAGAGGGGGCAGGGGGUCUGGAACCUUGUGCUGGAGGCUGUGGGAACACCAGCCAGCAGCAGGGAAGAGGCCGAGGAGAUGGAAGUGGAGGAGGAGAUGGACAGGGAGGUGGAAAUGGAGAUCGACCCUCCAGCAGCAGCCCAGGCACAUGCUCUCCAUUCUCUGCCUGCAGUGGGGGGGGAGCAGGGGCGCCGACUGCCCCCGCAUCGGCUCCCUGCCCCGGCAGAGUGGCUCUUUCAGGCUCUCUGCAAACGCAGGCAGGGCUCAGCACGGGUGAGAGGUGAUGUGUGGUUUGUGUGCGUCCUGCGUGGAAGGGGGAGCUCGCCGUGCCUGGGUGGUGGGCUUUGUCCCCAAAGGUCGUGGUGCUCACACCGACCCCCUCGGUGGCUGGCAGGGCACCUGGCUGGGCUGCUGGCAUUGGGCACUGCCUGCACUGACGUUUACCGAGGCUUCUCGGACUGUGUCCUCAAGCUGGGGGAAAAGAUGGCCACGUAUGAGGAGGCAGAUGGCAUCGAGCUGCAGGGGUUGCCCCGAGUCUGUGGGUACUGGGAUGAAUUCCACACGUGUGCCCUGACUGCGCUCUGGGAGUGCCAGAAGGAAGCAGCAGCCGUCUGGGAGAUGCUGAGAAGGGAGUCUCGAAAAAUCAAAUUUCAAGGCAGCUUGUUCGACCUCUGUAGCCCCAGCACAGCCCAAAGCUUUGCCUGGAUGCACAUUCCCAAUGUUUCCAUCCUCGGCAUCCCCCUCAUUGUCACUUGGCUGAACUUAGAAACUGCAGCUCUGUAAGUAUCACAACAAAGGUGGUGGCUGCAUGUGUCGUGACAUCUGAUAAUGUUUCCAAACCUUUGAGAAAUACACUGUGGCGUGCUCAGUGAACACUUGGCUCCAUCCUCUGCCUAUGAGACGUGGAAGAGCUCAGCAGAACUUUCUGAGUUUUGUUAUUUCUCUGUAAUUUGGAAUAACGCCUGUCCUCUUCUGCCUCAAGGCAUGGGCAUAGAUCUGGCUGACUGCAGAAUUUGGGAACUUGAAGAUACAGGGCAGAGGAUUUGGGAAAAAAUGAUAAAUUGAUCAUGAAUGCUGGAUUCCUUUGCACUCUUCUAUGGCUACUGGAAGGAAGUCUCCUUUGCUGACUCUUUCCACCAGAUCAGCUCUCCACAGAUUUUUGAUUUGGGCACUGAAAACAAGGGUCAGGGGAUGGUAUAUGUCCUGUCAAAGGCAGAAAGGAGACCUUACUUCCCUGUACUGGCCUUUUUUCUUUAAUGACAUGGUGAAACCCCUGCUGAAGAAUAAUCACAGGUGCAUGACCUCUUGCACACAUCUGGAUCCUGAGUAACUCCCAUGUUAUGUGUAAAUCCCUUUUCUAAAGAAAUAGAGGGCAAAAAUAUUUAGGGGAAGAGGGACUGUUGAGCUAGCAUGACAAAAAGGAUUUAUAGCAACUCUUAUGCUUUAAAGCGUUCUCCAAAGGUACCUGUAAGCAGCUCUGUGGGUGGCAGUGUGUAAUUCCAGAGUAUUAAAGUUUGUUGUA